AGUACGGUUUCCAAACUUCGAUAAAAGAUGGACUUGAAGAAUAACAGAAGAAGAAGUCAUUUCAUUACAAUAAUAAUAUAAACAUAACCUCACAAAAUCUGUUACAGAAAAACUGAUUUUUUAGGUAUAUCUUAUUAAUAAUAUCAAAUUUAGAAACUGUAUUGCAUUAAAAUUAUUUAAAUGAAUUAUUCCAGUGUUUAUACCCUUUUUAACGUAAGAUGUAUGAUAUCAAAGUUUACAUCUUAUAUUCCAAAAAAUACCUAUGCAAAGAAGGACAGUGCUAGUGUUAGCAUGAUAGGAGGAGCACUAAAGAAAAAGAAACUUGGUAAGUUAGGACCUGUAAUGGAAAAGAAAGUUUUACCUGUAGAAACUGAUCCUGAAAAAUUAGUUAAAUAUGCUUGUGGUAGUAACAUAUAUAAAACUGGAGAAGAUGCUAUUUUAAAAGAAGAUAAAGAAUAUCCAGAUUGGUUAUGGAAUGUAAGGUUAGGGCCUCCUCCAACUUUAGAAGAAUUGGACCCUGAAUCUAAACAAUAUUGGAGAUAUAUAAGAAAAAUGGCAAUGAAGCGAAAUAAUCAGUUAUCAAAAAUAAGGAAGUUUUAAUUUUACAUUUGAUUUAAAAUUUUUAAUAUUGAAGAGGCCAUUUUACAAAAGAUCUAGAAUAGGUGAUGACUAGACUUAAAUGGAUGCUUAAAAGUUGUUAAUUGGUGAACAAAAUAAUUGAUUUAAUUUCAAAUACCAAAUGUGCAAAAAUUUGUUAUAAUUUUAGAUUUUUUGAAAAAUAGUAUUUGUAAUAUAUUAUUAAUUACAAUCAUAUGAAAUCUUUU